UCGACCAUCCCACCCUGUCCCAUGGCGUGCUGGGAAGUGGUGGGCGGUGGUGACAAGGGUGGCAUUUUGGUGCGCGCUGGACAAGGGACUUCCAGUGAGCAGCUUCCCGAGCGCCUGAGCACCGGCGCAGUGGUGGAGGAGCUGCAGCUGGUGGGUGAACGCUUGCAGUACCAGCUGCGGUCCGGCGAAGGGCCGAAGACCGGAUGGGUCAGCAUCAGCCUGAAGGACAAGGCCCUUCUGAUCCGCAAGGACGAUGCUCCGGCGAAGGCAGCCGGUCCCAAGGAGCUGAGGGAAGGGGACUACUUCGUGACUUUGGGUCCCAUCUUCAAGAAAGCUGGGAGCGAUCCUGAAAGUGCCAAGAUCUUGCAGCUGAACCGAAAGGUGGGUGCUGUGGUCCACACCACUGGCAAGAUCUGGAAAGGCCCCACGGGCGGCUUCUGGGUUGAGCUGGACGUGUCCAGCGGCGACAGCGGCGCGGGCGAGAAGCCCGGCUACGUCAUGAUCGACGCGAGUGGCUUCGGGACGCCUGGGCCGUGUUUGCAGAAGGCCUAUGUGGAGGAUGGUGCCCCCAUGAUCCUGAAGGCGCUGAGACCGGAUGCCUUGAAAGCAUGGGAUGGAAGCACCAACGACAAGGAGUUCUUGGCCUUUCCCAAGACCACGGGGGCUGAGAUCAGGAUCGUGCUCGGGAUGCUCUAUGGAGUCAAGGCAGAGGCCGUCACCGUGAAGGCGGGCGAUGCCACGCUGGAACCUGGCGAUGCGAUCGGCGAGCGCUUCAAACACGGCGACCAUGUGAGCUUUGAGGUGGCUGGUGGGAAAGCCAUGAAAUUGGUGGUGAUGAGUCCGUUGGAGCUGGGAGAGAAGCUGACGGAGCUGGAGAUCAAAGAUGAUUGGACGGUAGGACAAGUGAGAAAGUUGCUUUGCAGCAUCACCGGCUUGAAGGAAGGCUCCAUGCUGAUGGCCAAGGGGAAGAUGGGUGAACGUGUCAGUGAAGAUGCGCAGUUGAAACUCACUGACCUGGUGGUGGACUACGGCUACAAGGAUGGCGAUGAGAUUGGUUUCAUCUACAUGGGAGACCCAGAGGCCGACCUUAAGGCCUUCCUUGAGAGGAAGUGAAGUGCUGGGAAAUUUCCGGCGCAAAAGAACUGUGGAGCGUCGCAGAACACGUGGUGGCACUGGG